AUGAAGACUGAACCCUAUUCACCUCAGAUGUGUGUGAAAGCUCAAGAGAACAGAGUCAGACGUGAUACAGAGGAGAAAUAUAAAGAAGAGCUGAAGAGAUUGGAGAAUAACAUUGGAGAGUUUCAGUUGGGAGGUGCUGAACGUGAAGCAGAUUAUCUGAAGUGCUUGAGGAUUGUGCUGGUUGGGAGGACAGGAAAUGGAAAGAGUGCAACAGGAAACACUAUUCUGGGAAGAAAUGAAUUUGGGAGUCAAGCAAGCAUGUGCUCAGUGACUAAUAAUAAUGCAGAACUCAAUAAAUUGAUCAGAGAUUGUGAAAACAGAUUCCUGGCUUUCAGUAACAAAGAAACUCAAGACAGAACUCAAGUGAUUCAACUGUUAAACAUGAUAGAAGAGCUGAAAAACACUAAUAAGGGUCGAUACUUCACUAACAGCAUGUUUGAGAAGGCAGAGAUGUCCAUUAAAAAGAGAAUGGAGGAAAUAAUGAAAGAGAGAGAAAUUCAGGCACAAAAUGAGGCAUUAAAGGCCAAAUAUGAGAUGGAAAUUAAGAACCUAAUAAAGAGACUUGAUGAAGAGAAACAAAUAGCAGAUGAGGAGAGAAUCAAAAUGGAGAAUCAAAUUAGAACAGAGAGAAAUGCGAGAGAACAAGAGAGAGAGCAACAUAAGAGAGAGAGAGAAAUAGCAGAGAGAAUAAUGAAAGACCUUCAAAGAGAGAAAACAGAAGGUGAUUUAAUAAAAACAAAACAUGAAGAGGAAACGAAGAGGAUUAAGAAGAUGAAGCCAGAAAACAAGCAGAAGAAACAAAUGAUUUCGGAGAGAGAAAAGAGCAGUGGAAUUUGGAUCUAAAGGAUGAGCUGGAGGAGCAAGAUGAUCAACAUGAAUCACUGGAAGAUCUGUAUGAAGACCUCCAAAAGGGAGAAGAAGAAGAGCUGAUAAAGAGGAAUAAACGGAAAAGCAAGCGCUGUGUCAUUAUUUGAUACAUUUUAAUGCUUAGAUUUAAAUAAGUCUCAAAUAAUUAUGCUUCCUAUUCAAUAUUCCAAACAUAUCGUUACCGACCUGAUGCUUUUUAUUGUUAUCAUUGAUUGAAUUUUUUUUUUUUUCGAUAGAAAAAGGGGAAUAACAAGUCAAAAUUUGAGUCAGACUAAUUUAUUUUUUAAUAGGCUCAUUUGCAUAAUCCUUGAUUAUACACAGUGUCUAACACAUUGAUGUUUUGUAAACUGUAAUGUCACAAAGAAAAUAUUAAUUUUAAGUUAACUUUAAAUUAAGGAAUUUUAUUUUUGAUUAGCUCAUCCACCUGUAUGUCUGUAGUGUUUUGUGUGUGUGUGUAAAAGAAAAACAGAAUAACAGAAAUUUAAAUCUAAUAUCUAGAGAAAGCAAAUUUAAACAUCACUUACAUCUAGUUGUUGUUUUUGACUUACUAUUUUUGUAUUGAUUUAUUUUUUUAGUACUCACAUGGACUACUAAUAGAUCUAUUUUUUUUUUUUUUUUUUCUUCUAAAAUGAAUUUUCCAGCCAGUGUAGUAAUCAGUGAUUUACUUCACCCACCUUGCAUUUAGAGACAAAUAUCAUUUUUCAUGAUUGUAACACAGUUUGUUGUCCAGGGAAGAAGGAGGCAGGAACCGGCAAACAUUCAACGUAACUUUAAUAUAUAAAAUAAACAAACAACAAAAUGAAAGUAAAAAGUGUCAGUCUCUGACAACUGCCUCACACAUAUAGAUGAUGUUUUAUUAACAAAGUUCGGGAGGAGCACUUGCAAAUGAUCUAUACAAUCAACUCGUCAUCAGCAAUUACCAUGUCUAUCCUAUCAGCAUGAGAAGAAGCAUAUAUAUAUAUAUAUAUAUAUAUAUACAGUCAACUCACCUACAUUCCUCAACAGUUUUUAGCAUCCCUCCACCACCUCGACUCCUCACUCUUGGAUUUUUCUAUCACAGCCAGGAAUACGGGGGGAGUACUCUGGGUUCGGGCCAAAUACUGAGCUCUGAGCCCUCUCCUUGGACAGCACGGCAAAUAUGCAUACCAUUUAUUCAGUCUGACUUAUUUGUAAGUGUGAACUCCUGAAACAAAACAAUGUAAAAUAGUCCAGGCCUGGUCCUCUCUCAUCGUUCACUGUCGUUGCUCACUGUCGUCGCUCCUCCCUUCUGGAGCUCCUAUGUGAGAGAUAUGAGACCGGUGCAGCGCACAGGUGACGCUCCUUAGCAAUCACGCAACCGGCUCUUACCCCACCCUUGCUUGUCACAGUGACCUUUAUAGACAUACUGAAAGCAGCAAUGGAUAGACUAAUUCACUUCAGAUCUUGAAAAUAAAGGAAACAACAAUGUUCAAACUGUCAACUCAUGGUGAACAAACAAGUGUAUUCAUAAUAAAAAAAAGAUUGUUUGAGUCACUCAAGAUAUAUUUUUCAUCAUGUUAAAAUGGUGUAAGAUUUAGGAAUUUGAAAAUGUACUUAUCCAUUUUGUUGCGAAUGCAGUUCGCUUGCAGAGAGAGCCCACCCACACGCAGUCUGGUUUGGACAGAUAAAUCACUUGCUGCUGGAAAUCUUGUCGCAUCGCAUCUGGUUAGGAUAAGGUGUUAGUCUUUUUAAAUUUGUGUUUCAAAGCUGCAACUUCUGCCAAAGGCCAACUCAAGCAACAGAACUAACGAGCAGCAUCAUGAGCUGUUUAUUUCUCCUGUUUUGUCUGAAUGCCAGUGUAUGGCAACUGCCAUACUCUGCCACCCCUGCUUAAAUCUCCUUAUCCUUACCAUAAGAGUAACAAAAUUUGUCUGGUACUAUUUAAGAAAAUAUCCUGGUGAUUAUUUCUGCCAAAGUCAAUAAUGACAGGCACACGAGUUGGUUUUAUAAUUGUAAUGUUUUCUAAAGUUAAGCUCAUACUGUUGUGUUUCUUCAUCAUCUGAUUUAAACAUCUUAAGGAGUCUUUAUCUGCUCACUGGGUGUUUUACAGCUCUGUUCUCUACAGUAUAUGCUCUGUAUGCCUUAUUAUGAUGUUUUAUAGUACAUAUUAAAAAUGAAUUUCUAUUUGAUGACAUCUUUUUGCAUGUGUUUUUGAUUCUUUGCAGUCCUUUGACAGAUCACACUGCACUGUUAUGCAGACAGUUUUAUGGAAUGUACCACUAGUUGUGUGCAGUGGUGUUCUGAAAUGAGGAGGCUAAGUCCUCACAGAUUUUUAAAUGUUUUUUUUUUCCAAUAUAAAUUGUCCUAGAUAUACUUAGGCUAAUGUUGACACAUUUAUGGUUAAAUAAAUGUUAC